UGGCAAUCUUCAUCUAGCACUAACACCUCUACCUAUAUGGUACUGACACUAUGAUGGACUGGAGGUCUAUUCGGCUUUCCAGUUGCGGGGUUCCGAAGGCGCGUAUAUGAGCGGCGAGUGCAUUGACUACGACUCAACAUUUGAAUUCAAAGUCCGCCAUUAUGUCAAAGGUCAACCCGCUAGACGUCCUCGCCGUCAAGAACAUCAUCGCGCGCUAUUGUGAAGCACUGGAUACGAAAGAUUUCGCGCUUCUCGAGAAAGUCUUCGUACACGAUGUUAGCGCAGACUAUCCCUUCAACUCAGAUCUGCAGGGCGUUGGAGCAGUCGCGAAAGCUAUACAAAAUCGACUAGGUCCCGUCCGGACUCACCACAACCUCACAACGCAGAGGAUAGUUUUCGAAACAACCGGCAAAACCGCGCAUGCCGUCACAUAUUUCCAGGGUGCACAUUUCGGGCAGGGUCCGCACGAGGGGAAGCUGCUUUGUGCCUACGGAAAGUACAUCGAUGAUUUGGUGCAUUGUGAAGUCAGCGAUGGCGACUGCGAGGGCGUGCCUGGUGCAAGCGGCAUCUGGAGAAUCAAGAGGCGAAAGGUAGCUUUCACGCAGAGGAUUGGCGAUGAAAAGAUCAUGUCUGAGCAUUGAGGCCAGUGGUGCGCAACAGGAAGAGCUUUGAAUCAAUCUGGCAACGGCAACUCCUCAAAGCGUCACCCUAGCGUUGCUUCGUGCUUGCUCUGUCCGUUACAUCGCUUACAAGCCUCAUCUUCUACUCCUUGCCACGUUGCAGUCAGUCAUUCCAAUCGCAUCUCUCAG